CUGGCUGUACGUGUUUGCUCCACAGCUGCCUAAAUGUUGUUCAAUACUUUGAACUCGAGCUUUUAGAAAGACCAAAACUAUGACGAUGUAGUAAGCAAGAGCCCUAUAGAUGGUAAACUAUGUCAGAAACAGGCAACGGAGAAGAAAACUGAACCAAGAACAGAUAACUGAGGAGUUAUCAAGAUAACACUUCCUGGUUCCAAUUCUAUCUGUCUUCAGGUGCAGUGUCAACAUGAGGACUUCGCUGACACAUUGGGACUUUCUCUACUUUCAUUAACAUCGGGUUGUCAUUGUUCAUUUUCGGGUUUAAACUUGAUUUAAUUAAACAAUUUAAACUAUCAUUUCAAUCAACUACAUUGUCAUCCGUGCAUUCCAACGAAAUCUUCAUUAGUUCGAAUGAGAGUUCUUAGCCCUCAGUGCACGAGGAGGAAGAUCAGAUACGAGUAGCGCUUCAGAAAGUCGCGGCAGGCAAGUGGAGAAUACAGAAGAGGAUACGUGUAUUUCAGCUGAUAAUUGUCAACGCGAAAGACACCGAAGAUGUCGGAUUCAAUGUCCAGCUUUUUGCACAUUGGGGACAUCGUUUCCCUUUACGCGGAGGGCUCUGUCAAUGGUUUUAUAAGUACACUUGGGUUAGUGGAUGACAGAUGUGUGGUAGAGCCAGCUGCAGGGGACCUGGACAAUCCCCCCAAGAAGUUCAGAGACUGCCUCUUCAAAGUGUGUCCCAUGAACCGCUACUCUGCACAGAAACAGUUCUGGAAAGCCAAGCAGGCCAAGCAUGAGAAGGACAAGAUUGCUGAUGUGGUGCUACUUCAGAAACUACAGCAUGCUUCUAAUCUGGAGCAAAAACAGAGGCUAGAAACAGUAAACAAGAAGGUCCAUGGUAAGGUCUGCAUUAUCAGCACUGUCAUUCAGCUGCUGCAUAUGAAGAGUAAUAAAUACCUGACUGUGAAUAAGCGUCUGCCUGCCCUGCUGGAGAAGAAUGCCAUGCGGGUCACCCUGGACGGGAUGGGGAAUGAGGGCUCCUGGAUGUUCAUCCAACCCUUCUGGAAGCUAAGGGCCAACGGAGACAAUGUAGUGGUGGGAGACAAGGUGAUCCUGAACCCAGUGAAUGCAGGCCAGCCCCUACACGCCAGCAACUAUGAGCUCUCCGACCACACUGGAUGCAAAGAGGUAAACUCUGUGAACAGCAGCACCAGCUGGAAGAUCAACCUGUUCAUGAUGUUCAGUGACCAUAAGGAUGAGGUCUUGAAAGGAGGGGAUGUGGUGCGGUUGUUCCAUGCGGAGCAGGAGAAGUUCCUGACCUGUGACGAGUACAAGGUCAAGCUGCAUGUGUUCCUCCGUACCACCCUGCGCCAGUCUGCUACCUCUGCCACUAGCUCCAAUGCUCUGUGGGAAGUGGAGGUGGUGCAUCAUGAUCCGUGUCGAGGAGGGGCUGGACACUGGAACACUCUCUAUCGUUUUAAACACCUUGCCACAGGGAGUUACCUGGCAGCUGAGGAAAAUCCGGGUUACAAAGGUGACGGCGUCGAAAUCCAGACGUCGGUGAUCGACGAUACGCAGGACAGUAGAAGAAAACUGAAGAUGUUGGGCGAGAGGAUCAAGUACAAGCUGUCGGCUAUGCCACAUGGGAAUGACAUUGCCUCUUUGUUUGAGCUAGACCCCACAACUCUGCAGAAAACAGACUCCUUUGUGCCAAGGAAUUCGUAUGUGCGCCUCAGACACCUAUGCACCAACACGUGGAUCCAGAGUACCAACGUGCCCAUAGAUAUAGAUGAGGAGAGACCUAUUAGACUCAUGCUGGGCACCUGUCCUACCAAAGAGGAUAAGGAGGCCUUUGCCAUCGUGUCAGUGCCAGUGAUGGAGAUCCGGGACCUGGACUUUGCCAACGAUGCCAGUUUCAUGUUGAGCACCGUAGUGGACAGGUUUAACGAGGGAUUUAUCAGCCCCAAUGACAGAAGGUUUGCCAUUAAGCUGCUAGAGGAUCUGGUGUUCUUUGUGGUGGACACGCCCAACAGCGGUCAGGUUGUGCUAGAUGUGGUGAUGACCAAGGUCAACCGAGAGAGACAGAAACUCAUGAGGGAACAAAACAUCCUCAAACAGAUCUUUGGGAUCCUGAAGGCCCCGUUCAAGGAUAAAGGGGAAGAAGGCCCAUUGCUGCGAUUGGAGGAGCUGUCAGACCAGAAGAAUUCCCCUUACCAGUACAUGUUUCGCCUCUGUUACCGGGUGCUGCGACAUUCACAGCAGGACUACCGCAAGAACCAGGAACACAUAGCCAAGCAGUUUGGGUUGAUGCAGUCUCAGAUUGGCUAUGACAUCCUGGCUGAGGACACCAUCACUGCCCUGCUGCACAACAACCGCAAGCUGCUGGAGAAACACAUCACUAAGAAGGAGGUGGAGACCUUCGUUAGCCUGGUCCGCAAGAACAGGGAACCCAGGUUUCUGGACUACUUGUCAGAUCUUUGUGUGUCCAAUAACGUGGCCAUUUCUGUAACUCAGGAGUUGAUCUGUAAGUGUGUGCUGGAUCCCAGGAACCAAGACAUUCUCAUCAAGACUGAACGGCGCGUGCCCAAAGAGAUGCCCCAUGCCACUGAAUUCAUGGGCAUGGAGGAGUAUGCUGACGAUGAUGAGGUGUGGCUGGUCUGGACUGACAAGACCAAUGAGAAGCAAGAGAAGGGCAUCAGACAACUAGCCCAGGAGGCCAGACAGGGGAACGCCCAUGACGAGAACGUGCUCAGAUACUAUAGGUACCAGCUGAAGCUGUAUGCUCGGAUAUGUCUGGACCGCCAGUACCUGGCCAUAGGUGAGAUCUCUAAGCAGCUGGAUGUGGAACUCAUUUUCCUGUGUAUGAUGGACGAGACGCUGCCCUUUGACCUCAGAGCCUCCUUCUGCAGACUCAUGCUGCACACGCACGUCGACCGAGACCCUCAGGAGCUGGUGACCCCUGUCAAGUUUGCACGUCUGUGGACAGAGAUCCCAACCUCCAUCACAAUUAAAGAUUAUGAUUCCAACAUGGAUGACUUGCGGGACAAUAAGAAGAACAAGUUUGCCAACACCAUGGUGUUCAUGGAGGAGUACCUCAACAACGUCCUCCAUGACGACCUGCCCUUCGCUGACGAGGAGAAGAACAAACUCACCUAUGAGGUGGUGAGCCUGGCCAGACACCUCAUCUACUUCGGCUUCUACAGUUUCUUUGAGCUGCUGAGGUUGACACGCACUCUUCUGGGAAUCAUUGACUGUAUUCCCAACCCUUCCCUUCACCCUGUGCUCCAGGACGAUGGCAGUGGAAAGAACAUGAAGCGUUCCAUCCAUGGUGUGGGUCAGAUGAUGUCCACCAUGGUACUGACCAGGAAACAGUCCAUGUUUGGAGGUCCAGGGAGGACUGUUUCCAUUAUAGAAGGACCGAACCGCAGCAAGGACAGCAUCGGCAAACAGGACAUCACCGUCAUGGACACCAAGUUGAAAAUACUGGAAAUCCUGCAGUUUAUCCUGAAUGUCCGCCUGGACUACCGGCUCUCCUUCCUGCUGUCUGUCUUCAAGAAAGAGUUUGUUGAUGUUUAUCCCAUGGCAGAUGCCGAUGCUACAACGUCAAUGGAGCAAGCAGCCACCAUCAACCUGCAGCACAUAGGAGAUCAGGCAGAGGCCAUGUUUGGUGUGGGGAAGGGGAACAGCAUACUAGAGGUGGAUGAUGAGGGAGGUCGAAUGUUCUUGAGGGUGUUGAUCCACCUCACCAUGCAUGAUUACCCUCCACUGGUGUCUGGGGCCCUCCAGCUGCUCUUCAAGCACUUCAGCCAGAGACAGGAGGUGCUGCACACCUUUAAACAGGUCCAGUUGUUGAUCUCGGGGCAGGAUGUUGAUAACUACAAGCUGAUAAAGAGUGACCUUGACCUUCUCCGCACCAUGGUGGAGAAGUCUGAGCUCUGGGUGGACAAGAAGAACGGCUCUGGAGCAGGGGAGGGGAAGAAGGACAAAAAUGAAAAUGUAGAGAUGGACUUAGAGGAUGGGACCCUGAAGAAAGAGCAGUUGGAUAAGAGCAAUGAGAACUACCAGAAAGUCAGAGAGAUCAUGGAGCGUCUGAAUAAGAUGUGCAGCACGGGGGUGUGGAAGAAGCAGCAGAGGCUCCUGAAGAACAUGGGAGCCCACAAAGUGAUGCUGGACCUGCUGCAGGUGUCAUAUGAUCAGCAUGACACCAAGAUGCAAGGGAUCAUCAGGUGCACUCACCUGUUCCUGCAGAAGUUCUGCAUGGGGAACCUGGAGAACCAGGUGCUGCUUCAUAAGAACCUCAGCCUCUUCCUGAACCCAGGACUCAUGGAGGCUGAGACGGUUCAGCACAUCUUCAGUAAUAACUACCAACUGUGUACAGAGAUCAGUGAGAACGUGCUGCAGCACUUCGUCCACUGCCUGGCCACUCACGGACGCCACGUCCAGUACCUCAACUUCCUGCACACCAUCAUCAAGGCCGAGGGGAAGUAUGUGAAGAAGUGUCAGGACAUGAUCAUGACUGAGUUAACCAACGCCGGUGAGGAUGUGGUGGUUUAUAAUGACAAGGCGUCAUUUUCCACCAUGCUGGAGCUGAUGGCAGAGUCCAGGGAGGGGGUUCAGGAGCACAGCCCCCUGCGCUACCACAUCUCCCUGGUGGAGCUGCUAUCUGCCUGCGCUGAGGGAAAGAACGUUUACACAGAGAUCAAAUGUACCUCGCUGCUGCCCCUAGAGGACGUGGUGAGAGUGGUCACACACGAGGACUGUAUCACAGAGGUGAAGGUUGCCUAUGUGAACUUUGUGAAUCACUGCUACGUAGACACAGAGGUAGAGAUGAAGGAGAUUUACACCAGCAACCACAUCUGGAAACUGUUUGAGGACUUCAUCGUGGACAUGGCCAGGGUGUGUAACAAGAGAGAGAAGCGUCUGACUGACCCAAUCCUGGAGAAGUACAUCAUCAACGUGGUGUUUGACACCAUCAAUGCCUUCUUCAGCUCCCCCUUCUCUGAAAACAGCACCUCUCUACAGACCCACCACACCACAGUAACACAGCUGCUCCAGUCUAGCAUGCGUCUGCUGGAAUGUCCCUGGCUGCAGCAGCAACACAGAGGCCUGGUGGAGACCUGCAUCCGUACCCUGGCUCUGACAGCGAAGAACCGCUCCAUAUCCCUGCCCCUGGACCUGGAGUCUCAGAUCACCACCAUGCUGAGCAGCAGUUCCCUCAACUCUCUGUCCCGCUCCAACCCCAACUACAAGAGCUCCACCCGCUCCAGCCGCCCCUCCGCCCCCAACAACCCCUGGGACUACAAGAACAUCAUUGAGAAGCUGCAGGACAUCAUCGGGACUCUGGAGGAGCGUCUGAAGCCGCUGUUGAACGCAGAGCUGUCUGUGCUGGUGGAUGUCCUGCAGCAGCCUGAACUCCUCUUCCUGGAGGGAACGGAUGCACGGCAACGCUGCGAAUCAGGAGGCUUCAUCUCAAAACUGAUUCAGCACACUAAAGCCCUGAUGAACUCCGACGAGAAGCUCUGUAUCAAGGUUCUGAGGAUUCUGCAGGAGAUGCUCAUACGUACACUGGACUUUGACGAGAAGGGGAUUGCACUGAGGAAGGUGCUGCUACAGAACUACCUCUUCACCAACAAGAAGAACAACAAGUCAGAGCUGGUUGAACUUGGAGCAACAGGUGCUGAGCAGGAAAGGGACUGGGUGGCUGUAGCUGCUGUUCAGUGUCAUCUGGACAGGGAGGGCGGGACUAAGCUCUUCACCGACCUCAUAAUGAGUACCAAGAACAACAAGAUUUUCCAGGAGAGCAUCCAGAUGGCCAUAUGUCUGAUGGAGGGGGGCAACACAGAGAUACAGAACUCCUUCUACAAGCUGAUGAUGGGGGACAACAAGUCAGAGAAAUUCUUCAAGGUCCUCCACGACCGGAUGAUAAACGCUCAGAUGGACAUCAAGGCCAACGUAUCGGUCAGCGUGGGAGAGAUGACUAACAAAGACCUUCAGACUGGCUCUGAUGGGUCGGUUCUACCUGGCGCCGUUGUCCCGGUCUCUGAUCAGCAAGAGACAGAGAUGGGCCCUGCAGUUCUCAUCAUGAAACCCAUCCUACGCUUCCUCCAGCUGCUCUGUGAGAAUCACAACCAGGACCUACAGAACUUCCUGCGCUGCCAGAACAACAAGACCAACUACAACCUGGUGUGUGAGACACUGCAGUUUCUGGACAUCAUGUGUGGCAGCACCACAGGAGGCCUGGGCCUGCUGGGCCUCUACAUUAACGAGAGCAACGUGGUCCUCAUCACCCAGACCCUGGAGACGCUCACAGAGUACUGCCAGGGCCCCUGCCACGAGAACCAGACCUGUAUAGUGGCCCAUGAGUCCAACGGCAUCGACAUCAUCACGGCCCUCAUACUGAAUGACAUCAGUCCUCUGUGUUGUUACCGCAUGGAGAUGGUGCUGCAGCUCAAGGACAACGCGUCCAAGCUGCUGCUGGCUCUGAUGGAGAGUCGCCAUGACAACGAGAACGCAGAAAGGAUACUGUUUAACCUCCGACCUCGGGAACUGGUAGAGGUGAUAAAGAAAGCCUAUCAGCAGGAGAGUGAGUGUGAAGUUGGAGUGGUGUCACCUCAAGAGGUCGGCCACAACAUUUACAUCCUGGCACUUCAGCUGGCGAGGCACAAUAAGAUCCUGCUCAAUCUGCUGAAACCUGCAAAGAGGACCGAAGCGGGAGAGGAGGGUAUAUCCUCUAUGGUCAGUGUUUCUCGCUCUCGUUUCAUCACGUUUGUCUGUUCCUCUGUUUCUCCUGGAGAGCUGAACGAGGAGCAGGAUCCACUGGAGUUCUAUGACCAACACACUUCACAGAUAGAGAUUGUGCGUGAGGACCGCAGCAUGGAGCAGAUCGUGUUCCCCAUUCAUCCCAUCUGUGAGUUCCUGAUGGAGGAGUCCAAGUUCCGUGUGUUCAACACCACCGAGCAGGACGAGCAGGGCAGCAAGGUCACACACUUCUUCCAGCAGGCCUCCUUCCUCCACAACGAGAUGGAAUGGCAGAAGAAGCUCCGCAGUAUGCCGGUGCUGUUUUGGUUCUCUCGCAGGAUGAGCACCUGGGGCAGCAUCUCCUUUAACCUGGCCGUCUUCAUCAACCUCAUCAUCGCGUUUUUCUACCCCUACGACUCAGGCCAAGGUGCGAUAGACGACUCAAUGCUGUCCAUGCUGUUCUGGGGCUUCCUGGGUCUAUCUGUCAUGGGAAUGUUCUCCCAGGGUUACGGCCUCAGGCCCUUCACCGUGGCCCUUAUACUGCGCUCCAUCUACCACUUUGGCAUCGGUCCCACUCUCAUCCUACUGGGAACCCUCAAUCUGAUAAAUAAGAUAGUGUUUGUGGUGAGCUUUGUGGGCAACAACGGGACAUUUAUCAUGGGCUACCGUGCGAUGGUGAUGGACGUGGAGUUCCUUUAUCACCUGGCCUACGUUCUGACCAGCACCCUGGGCCUCUGUGUCCACGAGCUGUUCUACAGCUUCCUGCUGUUUGAUCUGAUCUACCGAGAGGAGACGCUGUUCAACGUGAUAAAGAGUGUGACCCGGAAUGGGCGCUCCAUCCUGCUCACUGCCCUGCUGGCCAUCAUCCUGGUCUACCUGUUCUCCAUCGUGGGCUUCCUCUGCCUCAAGAAUGACUUCAUCAUGGAGGUGGACCCACUGCCUCAGAUAACCUCAGGGCGACAUGGCAAUGAGGAGGCAUCCCAAGACUUCCUGAAUAGCUGCAGUAGAGAUGGAGUCAGCUGCACUGCCAAGUCAGGACUCCCUGCUGAACCUGAGGCAGAGGAGAACAAUUCGGAGCGGGCCUGUGACACUCUGCUCAUGUGCAUUGUCACUGUGCUGAACCACGGCUUGAGGAACGGUGGCGGGGUGGGAGACGUGCUACGCAGGCCCUCCAAAAACGAGUCACUGUUCCCAGCCCGCGUCAUCUACGAUCUCCUCUUCUACUUCAUUGUCAUCAUCAUCGUACUCAACUUGAUCUUUGGUGUCAUCAUCGACACCUUCGCUGACUUACGUAGUGAGAAACAGAAGAAAGAGGAGGUCCUCAAGACCACCUGCUUCAUCUGUGGUCUGGAGAGGGACAAGUUUGACAAUAAAACAGUGUCUUUUGAGGAGCACAUAAAGUUGGAACACAACAUCUGGAACUACCUGUAUUUCAUCGUGCUUGUUCGCGAGAAGAACAAGACGGACUACACUGGACCAGAGAGUUAUGUGGCCCUCAUGAUAAAGAGUAAGAACCUGGACUGGUUCCCCCGCAUGCAGGCCAUGUCCCUGGUGGUGACGGAUGGAGACGGUGACCAGAACGAGAUGAGGAACCUGCAGGACAGACUGACGUCCACUAUGAACGUGGUCAGCCAACUCACAGGACAGCUAACAGAGCUCAAAGAGCAGAUGACGGAUCAGAGGAAGAGGCGGCAGCGGAUGGGCUUUGUGGAUGUCCAGUCAGGAGGAGGAGCUGGUGCAGCUAGCAUGUCCCCCAGUGUUGCUGGAGGAAACCAUCCGAUGUCCAACAAACCCUGAUUGAUGUCCUGUCUUACUGUGCCACCACGCUUUGCCAAAAGACUGAGUCCGCUAAGCCUAUCGAUACUAUCCAAGAUCAGCCAACGGUCUGUGACAGAACCAAUCAAUCACAUGUUAAACAUGUUUUUAGUUGUGACUGAUGCUGACAGGACUGAGUUACUGAGGUUGGGUUCUUUGUAAUUCCCCUCCAUUUGUUUCUCCUUAAAAAGGCUUCAACGCUUCCAGUAAUGUCUGGAGAAAGAACAUGAUCCAUCUCUGUUCUUGGUCCAUGCAAUCAGAGCAACUGAUUAAUGGCAUUGCACUGUCGCAAACACACCUCAGAUGACAACAUUGGAAAGUGAUACUACGGCAAAGCAGGAAGCAACACGUCCAUCCAUUAUAUUAGAAAUAUAGUACCGAUGUAGAGAUUACUACAGUAGCGCCAUGACUAGCAUCCAAAUGUUUGUCUGAAGCACGCAGAGGUUUGGUAUACGUCUACUUGUCAAUGUCGCCAUUGUAUUGGCUCCUCUUAGAGAAAUGGAAACUUAAAUGUUAUCUUCUGAAAGCACAUCAGUAAAAUGUAUUUGAUUUUAA